AUGCGCUUAAAGGAGGAGGACCUUGAGCCACUCAAGCUUGACAUCGAAGGGUUGGGAAAAAAGCAGAAGAGAGACACAGUGCCGGUCAGACUGGCGUUAUUGACCUUACUAAUAUGGGGGGCCUGCUUUUUUCUGAAAUUGACCGGUUCCAUGGGCUCUGGACCCACCCCUUCUCUGUCCUUUAGAUGGCCAUGGCCGUUUCGUUCAGGAAAACCCAGUCAUAAUAUCAUUUCCUUUGAGAGCGUUCGCAACUCAACGUUCGUUCCUCAGCUACAUUCGGUUCAGUGGAUUGAAUCUCUUGAACCCAAUGCCGAGGACAAUGGGUUAUUUCUAAAAGAGGAAGCGAACACUUAUGUUGUGAAGUCAGUUCUGGACAAAAACUACUCCAAAGUCCUUUUGGAUUCCAUGCAUUUUGAAUACAACAAUCACAAUUACAGUGUUGAGUAUCUCAAAGCGUCUCCCGACUUGUCACAAGUCCUGGUGCGUUCCAAUACAACCAAGAACUGGAGACAUUCGAGCUUUGGAUCUUAUUUUCUCAUCAACAAAAGUCGGGGUACUCUGCAUCUGCUAGGCCAUGACUUGGCUCUUGUGAAGUGGUCCCCAAACUCAAAGGACUUGGCAUACGUUCAAAACAAUGACAUUUUUCUGUAUUCCACAGAAACGCAGACAAUAACUAAACGUGUGACUAGCGAUGGGAGCGCCCAGGUCUUCAACGGCAAACCUGAUUGGGUUUACGAAGAAGAGGUCUUCGAAGGUGACUCCGCGUUGUGGUGGUCUCCUAAAGGCGAAUACUUGGCCUAUCUCAAAAUCAAUGAAACCCUGGUGCAUGAGUUCCCGAUUCCUUACUUCGCACAAGACGAUGCAGAUAUUUAUCCUGAAAUUCGCAAGAUUAAGUAUCCUAAAAGUGGGAGUCCAAAUCCGCAUGCAACGCUAAACUUUUACGACAUCGAGAAUCAGAAAACUUCCGCUGUUAAUCAUGGCGAUGCUUCAGCUUUAGUAACGGAGGUUCUGUGGGUCGGGGACUCUAAAAUACUGGCCAAGACAAGUGAUCGCUCGUCUGAUGUUCUCUCGGUGCUUCUUGUCGAUGCUGCUGAAAAAGCGGCUGAGAAGCCUGCUGUUCAGGUACCUAGGGAAGAAUCCUCGGAAGGAGGAUGGUGGGAAAUCACACACAAAACAUUGUACGUUCCUCAAGACUCUUCGAAGAAAAGAGAUCAAGACGGCUAUGUGGACUUGGUGCCAUUCAACGGAUUCAACCAUUUGGCUUACUUCUCCCCAGCCAACGCUACAGAUCCAAUAAUGCUGACCAGCGGAGAGUGGGAGGUAGUGGACGGUCCAGCUGGAAUUGACUUUGAGAGCAACGAAGUUUACUUCGUUGCUACUAAGAAGUCCUCCACGGAGAGACACGUAUACAGUGUCAAUUUGAACGCACCGCUCAAGGUCAGGGAAAUAUCUGACACAAGUCGCGAAGGCUACUUUUCGCUGUCUUUAUCUGCUGGCUCUAAGUUCGCCCUUGUCAACUACUUGGGUCCCGAAGUUCCUUACCAGAAAGUGGUACAGUUCGAGUCAAAUUCGACUGGUAGUUCGGAGGCUAGAAACGCGGUUGAAAAGACCUUAUUCUACCUUGAAGAAAAUAAGCAACUAAAGUCAAGACUUGGAAACUACACAAUACCUGAAAAAACAUUCAAAGAAAUUUACUUGGGGAAAGACAAUGACGACAAUGACAUAGUAGCCAACUCUUUUGAAAUUUUACCGCCAAACUUCAACCCUAAACUAAAGAAUCAUUAUCCGGUCUUUUUUUAUGCUUACGGUGGCCCUAAUUCCCAGCAAGUCGCGAAGACCUUCUCCAUUGGGUUCAACCAGGUGGUGGCAUCACAGCUAGAUGCAAUUGUGGUGGUUGUUGAUGGCCGCGGAACAGGCUUCAAAGGAAGAAAAUUUCGGGCUCUCGUGCGGGAUAAUUUGGGUGACGUGGAAGCUCAGGACCAAAUAAGUGCUGCAAAAUAUUACGCAGCCAAGUCGUUUGUGAAUGCCGAUAAAAUAUCACUUUUUGGGUGGUCGUACGGCGGAUACCUGACACUCAAAACACUUGAACGGGACGCGGGUCGAACCUUCAAGUACGGAAUGUCGGUGGCUCCUGUGACCGAUUGGCGAUUGUACGACUCUGUUUACACUGAGCGGUAUAUGCACACACCUCAACAAAACAGUGAUGGAUAUGAAAAAUCGAAGGUUCAUAAUGCUACUGCCCUAGGUCAAGCAACAAGAUUUUCACUGAUGCACGGAUCUGGGGACGAUAAUGUGCACUUUCAAAACUCCCUAAGAUUUUUGGACAUUCUUGAUCUAGCGGGGGUCGAGAACUACGACAUGCACGUUUUCCCAGACUCCGAUCACAGCAUUCGUUACCACAAUGCGAACAACAUCGUCUUUGACAAGCUCCUGAACUGGGCGUCACAGGCAUAUGAUGGGAGAUUUUUGCGCUGA